CUUCUCGACCUCGGUCUUCCUCCGGUCUUAGAAAUCAGUGUUUGUCUUUCACUUUAAUCUGAAAGACCGGCGGCGUUACACUUCUUUCUCUUCUCAAUUCUUAAUUCUCAAUUCUCAAUUCUCUCUCUCUCCUACCGACUCACCUAAACGACACUGUUAUUUCUGUCGUUUCUCUCAUUUACCAAUCUCACUCGCCAAAACUAUACAUUGAAGCAACAAUAUUAAGACUUGAGAGCCUGGUCUUCGAUAUAAAUAUAUAUAGAAAGAGAGAUAGAGAGGUAUGUCUCAUUGUUUCACUUGAUUACUCUACAAGAUUCUGUUGAAGACUAAUUCGAAGAAAAGUAUGAGGUCACCAGGCCUCAUGGGGAAGGAGUUGUAUGAAGAUGAAGAAGUGCCAUUUGGUAUCCUAACUGGCAUAACUUUUACUAUUUCAACUCGUGAAGUUACCGAAAAGAUAUCUGAAAUAUCAAUUGAGAAUGUCAAUGAGGUGACUGAUUCGAGAAUGGGACUCCCAAAUCUAUCUCUUGAAUGCUCCACAUGUGGUGCCCAAAACUCACGGCGUCGUCAAGGUGAAUUUGUUCCCUAUCAAGAAAGUAAGAGCUGUGAAGGUCAUUUUGGCCAUAUCAAGUUUCCUUUCACAAUACUACAACCAUAUUUUCUAUCAGAAGUCGCAGAGAUACUGAACAAUGUUUGUCCUUCAUGUAAAUCGAUCAAGCCAUCUCAUCGAGUUAAGGAUCCCAACUCUGUAAAUGGUCAUCAUCAGCCUACGGGUUGCAAAUAUUGUACUAGAAGUUUGGUAGGGAGGUACCCGCCAAUGAAAUUCAAAGUUUCCUCAACUGAUUUAUUUAGAAGAAGUGCAAUUAUAGUAGAGGUGGUAAAUGAAAGCAAUGCAAAAUUCCAAAAGAAACCAAGAGAGAUGCCAGAUGAUUAUUGGAAUUUUUUAAUACCAGAUGAACAACUUGAAGAAAGUUGCAAUAAAUCAUACAGAAGAGUUUUGUCACAUGCACAGGUAUAUCAUUUGUUGAAGGAUGUCGAUCCUAUGUUCAUUAAAAAGUUUGUUCCAAGGCUAGAUUCACUCUUUUUAAACAGUUUCCUUGUAACACCAAAUUGUCAUCGCGUGAAUGAAUUUACACAUGCAUUUUCCAAUGGGCAGCGAUUGACUUUUGAUGAGCGGACCAGAAUUUACCGUAAAUUGGUUGAUUUCAGAGGAGUGGCAAAUGAGUUGGCUGCUCGUGUUUUGGAUUGCAUGAAAAUUUCUAAGUUAAACUCUGACAACUCUUUGAGUAAAGAUUUGGUUCUUAUCCAACAAAAGAUAAAAGAUUCUCCUUCGAAAACAUCUGGUUUAAGAUGGGUCAAAGAUGUUGUUUUGGGGAAGCGGAGUGAUCAUUGUUUUCGCAUGGUUGUUGUUGGUGAUCCAAAUAUCAAGCUUAAUGAAAUCGGCAUACCAUGUAAUGUUGCUGACAAAAUGUACAUUUCUGAGAAUUUGAAUAGAUGGAACUUAGAAAGAUCAGAUACAUGUUCGAAUCUAUGUUUUAUAGAGAAGGGAGGGAUCCGUGUUCGUAGGAAAGGUCAUCUUGUGAAGGUGCGUCCUAUGGAUGAACUACAGAUAGGAGACACUAUAUACAGGCCUCUACGUGAUGGAGAUAUUGUGUUGAUUAAUAGGCCUCCAUCCAUUCAUCAACACUCCCUUAUUGCUUUAUCAGCAAAGGUCCUUCCAACAACAUCAGUUUUAUCUAUAAAUCCACUUUGUUGUUCUCCUUUUCGUGGUGAUUUUGAUGGUGAUUGCCUUCAUGGCUAUGUUCCACAGUCAGUUGAGACUAGAGUUGAGCUUAAAGAGCUUGUUGGUUUAGAUAGACAACUGAUCAAUGGACAAAGUGGUAAGAACCUGCUUUCCCUCAAUCAAGACAGUUUAGUUGCUGCUCAUUUGGUGACAGAAGAUGGUGUCUUAUUGACUCGUUUUCAAAUACAACAAUUGGAAAUGUUUUGUUUGAAUCACCAACUGUUUCCUGCAAUAAUCAAAGCUCCUUUACUUAAUUGUCCUGUUUGGACGGGAAAACAAUUAUUCAGUACGAUCUUGCCUUCAGGUUUUGAUUAUUUUUGCGAUUCAAAUGGUGUGAAUAUAUCAAAUGGGGAGAUUAUAGCUUCGGAAGGAUCUUCAUGGUUGCGCGACACAAAUAGCAACCUUUUCCAAAACAUUAUAAAAUAUUCUCCAGAUAAGGUACUUGAUACUCUAUGUGCUGCCCAGGAAGUUCUUUGUGAGUGGCUGUCGAUGAGGGGUCUGAGUGUUUCUCUCUUGGAUUUGAACCUCACCUCCGACUUGUACUCAAGAAGAAACUUGAUGCACGAAAUAUUUUAUGGUUUACAAGAAGCAGAGCAGACGUGUGUUUUUAAACAGUUGCUGAACUCGUUUCACAAAGUGCUUACAGAAUCUGAUGACGAGAUUCCGAGCUCCAUGUCUAUUCAAGUAGAACGUUUGUGUUACGAGAAGCAAAAGUCUGCUGCACUUAGUCAAGCUUCAAUAGAUGCGUUCAAGCAAGUAUUUCGUGACAUUCAGAGUCUUACCUUUAAAUAUGCAAGUAAGGACAAUUCCUUGCUGGCUAUGUUUAAAGCUGGAAGCAAGGGGAAUUUGCCGAAGUUAGUUCAGCAGAGCAUGUGUCUUGGUGUACAACACUCACUUGUGCCAUUAUCAUUUAGUAUUCCUCACACUCUCUCUUGCACUGCUUGGAAUAAUCAUAAGGCAUAUGGUUUAAACAGGAACGUUGACGAUGUUCCCAACUAUUCUGGGUCUUACAUCCCGUAUGCUGUGGUGGAAAACUCUUUCCUUACUGGCUUGAAUCCAUUAGAAUGUUUUGUUCAUUCUAUCACAAAUCGAGAUAGUUCAUUUAGUGAUAAUGCUGAACUUCCUGGGACUUUGACCCGGAGGCUUAUGUUUUUCAUGCGUGAUAUGCACACUGCUUAUGAUGGAACGGUAAGAACUGGUAGUGGCAAUCAGAUUGUGCAGUUCUCGUACAAUUCUGAUGAAGGUCAUACAUCUUCAACUGUUUGUGAUGGCAUAGGUGGCAAACCUGUUGGUGCCUUGUCUGCUUGUGCCAUUUCUGAAGCUGCAUACAGUGCUUUGGAUCAGCCCAUUAGUCUCCUUGAAACUUCUCCUCUGCUAAAUAUAAAGAAUGCUUUGGAGUGUGGCUCAAGAAAAAGCAAAGCUAGUCAAACCAUGUCACUACAUUUGUCCAAGAGACUUGGAAGACAAAUGCAUGGUUUUGAGUAUGGAGCCUUAGAAAUAAAAAAUUAUUUGGAGAGACUAAAGUUUUCAAACAUUGUUUCUACAGCCAUGAUAAUCUACACUCCAACGACUGGUAGCCAGAGACAAUUCAGUCCUUGGGUUUGCCAUUUUCAUAUCAACAAGGAAAUUUUGAGACAAAGAAAACUGAAUUUUCACUCUGUAAUCAAUCAUCUUCGUCAAGGGUGGUAUGAAAUCUUAAAUAGAUCCAAAGACAACCUACCAAAUUGUCAGAUAAAGAGCAACAGUGAUUGUUCUACUAUGGACAAAGAAACAGAUUCAUAUUGCAUUGUUGUGAGAGCUGAAAGUUCCCAGAAUUCUUACUUAGAGUUGGAGAAAGUUCGAGACAAGGUGUUGCCUACCCUGCUGGAAAUGGUUGUAAAAGGCUUCCAAGAAAUUAAAAGCAUAGACAUUCUAUGGAGUGAUCGGUUUCGAGAACUCUACCUUAGAGUUUCUAUGACACGAGUUUGUAAAAGAAGACUUUGGGGUACCCUUAUGGAUCAUUGUCUCAAAAUCAUGGAUUUAAUUGAUUGGUCACGCAGUCAUCCAGAUAACAUGAACGAAUUCUGUUUGGUCUAUGGAGUAGAUGCUGGAUGGAAGUAUUUUCUCAAUAAUUUGGAGUCAGCAGUAUCUGAUAUCGGCAAGAGUAUACUCCCUGAGCAUUUACUUCUGGUUGCGAAUUCUUUAUCAGCUACAGGAUAUUUUGUUGGGUUGACACCGAAAGGCCUUGCACAGCAAAGGGGAAAUGCCUCUGUCGCAUCACCCUUUACACAAGCCUGCUUUUCUACUCCUGCUGCUUGCAUUAUCAAAGCGGCAAAAGCUGAAGUCACAGAUGGUCUUAAAGGGAGCCUUGAUGCUUUGGCAUGGGGAAAGACUCCUCCUUUUGGAACCGGCGGACAGUUUGAGCUUAUAUAUUCGGGGAAGGGACACGAGAUUGAUAAGCCUGCAGAUGUAUAUGACUUGCUGGUUGCUGACAUUUCUAAUAAACAAAAUGUAAUGGAAAAGCCUAACGCAGUGAAUCAUACAUCAGUGAAAUCCGUGAAAUUUGGUGCUCAACUUUUAUACAAGUAUGGAAAUUCUGCCUCAAAAGGGCUUAAAAAGUUGGGUAUUUCGAAAGCAUCCAUAACCAUAAGUAAGCUUUUCACUGUGAAUGAUAUUUGGAAACUCGAAAGCCAACUACAGAGUAUCUUGAAAAAGUAUGAAAUAGAUGAGAGGCUAAAUGACUUGGACAAGUCAACCUUGAUGUUUGCAUUACAUUUUCACCCCGAAAGAGAUCUUAAAAUUGGCGUUGGAGCUCAAGACAUAAAGGUUGCAUAUCACAAGGAACAUGAGAAUAGUCGCUGCUUUAUGUUGGUAAGAGUUGAUGGUACCGUGGAAGAUUUCUCAUACCGUAAGUGCAUACGUGGCGCUCUGGAGAUCAUUGACCCUCCAAGGGCAAAGACUUAUAGAACAAAGAAACAAAAUGGCUCUGAUUGAGUUAGCUGACAGAAAAUCCAAGGUGGAACAUGCAGUUAUAAUUUGUUUUCUCUACAAUAAUCAUAUGGUAAUCUCAAGCCUGCUUUUCUUUUUAUCUUUAGGCCAUUCAUUCCAUAUCAACUAAACUUCAAUUUUACCCUGAACAAUGGUGCUCUUAUGAAUUUCUAACAAAACAAAAGACUAGGAAUCAGAGUCUUUUUAAAGUGUACUAGGGAGAGGGCAUACAAAAGCUGUAAGCCAAUCUUUUUUGUUUUAUUUUUUUUGGGUAGUGAUGUUCUUUUUAUUGUUUUUUCUCAUGUAUAGUACAAUCUUUCCAAAGCUUCUUUUUGCUUCUUUCACUUUAACUUUGUUUGCCUUCCAUGAAGAUUGGGCAAAAAAAGGUCUAGUUGAAGCAGCAAAGAGAAGCUGGUAAAAGGUCAAUCCCCCAUUUUUUACCCCCAAUAUUAAUGAUCUUUUUGAAUGCUUGACAA